AUGGAGGGGACGCUGACUGCCCGGGACAAGGUCGGGGUGCAGGAUUUUGUGCUGCUGGACGCGUACACCAGCGAAACUGCUUUUGUGGACAACCUUCGCAAGCGUUUCAGCGAGAAUCUCAUAUACACAUACAUUGGGACCCUCCUUGUCUCCGUGAAUCCGUACCAGGAGCUGGGAAUCUACACCGUGAGCCAGAUGGAACUUUAUCAAGGGGUCAAUUUCUUUGAACUGCCACCACAUGUCUAUGCCAUAGCUGACAACGCUUACCGCAUGAUGUGCUCUGAACUAAAUAACCACUUCAUCCUCAUUUCUGGAGAGAGCGGGGCAGGGAAAACGGAGGCCUCCAAGAAGAUUCUUCAGUAUUUUGCGGUGACCUGUCCAAUGACCCAGUCACUACAAAUAGCCCGAGACAGACUGUUGCUCUCCAAUCCAGUGCUGGAGGCUUUUGGAAAUGCCAAAACACUCCGGAAUGACAACUCCAGCAGAUUUGGAAAAUACAUGGACAUACAGUUUGACUUUCAGGGCGUUCCCGUGGGUGGGCAUAUCAUCAGUUACUUGAUAGAAAAGUCCCGAGUCGUCUAUCAAAACCAGGGGGAGCGGAAUUUCCACAUCUUCUACCAGCUGCUAGCCGGCGGUGAGGAGGAGCGCCUCGCUUACCUGGGACUUGAACGAGACCCCCAGCUGUAUAAAUACCUCUCACAGGGUCACUGUGCCAAAGAGUCAUCUAUUAAUGACAAGAAUGACUGGAAAACUGUUUCCAAUGCCUUUGCUGUCAUUGAUUUUACCGAAGGUGACCUUGAGAAUCUCUUUGGAGUCAUUGCCAGUGUCCUACACCUGGGGAACAUUGGUUUUGAAGAAGACGACCAAGGCUGUGCCACCAUCCCAGACACCCACGAGAUCAAGUGGAGCGCCAAGCUCCUGGGGGUCCACCCAUCGGUCCUUCUGGAAGCUCUCACCCACAGAAAGAUUGAAGCCAAAACUGAGGAGGUGAUAUGCCCACUGACGCUAGAACUCUCUGUCUACGCAAGAGAUGCAAUGGCAAAGGCUGUUUAUGGACGAACAUUUACUUGGCUGGUCAACAAAAUCAACUCCUCCUUAGUGAACAAGGUUGGUCAACGCAUUUUGGAUGACUUGCUCUCACUGAUGGUCUUUUGUAUUUCUAGUUUUGAACAGUUCUGUAUAAAUUACUGCAAUGAGAAACUCCAACAGCUGUUAAUAGAGAGGACUCUCAAAGCAGAACAGGCAGAAUAUGAAAUGGAAGGUAUAGAGUGGGAGCCAAUUCAGUAUUUCAACAACAAGAUCAUCUGUGAUUUGGUGGAAGAGAGACACAAAGGAAUCAUAUCCAUUCUGGAUGAAGAAUGCAUUCGUCCUGGUCCCGCUACAGACUUGAGUUUCCUGGAGAAAUUGGAAGAGAAAGUGGGCAAACACGCACACUUCGAAACCCGUAAGCUGGCGGGUCCGAGAGGCAGGAAGAGGAUCGGCUGGAUGGAGUUCCGACUCCUCCACUACGCGGGAGAGGUCACCUACUGCACCAGGGGAUUCUUGGAAAAAAACAACGAUCUGCUUUACAGACAUCUGAAAGAAGUGCUGUGCAGGUCCAAGAACAGCAUCCUGAGGGAGUGCUUCCUGGUGGCCGAAUUGGAAAACCGGAGGCGGCCGCCAACGGUGGGGACUCAGUUUAAAAACAGUCUGAGCAGCCUUCUAGAAAUUCUCAUCUCUAAGGAGCCCUCGUACAUCCGUUGUAUCAAGCCCAAUGACAGAAAAGAACCCAGCAGGUUUGACGACUUCCUCAUACGGCACCAGAUCAAGUACCUGGGGCUGAUGGAGCACCUGCGGGUGAGGCGGGCCGGCUUUGCGUACCGGCGGAAAUACAAGCAUUUCUUGCAGAGGUACAAGUCCUUGUGCCCUGACACCUGGCCGCACUGGCACGGACCUCCAGCAGAGGGCGUAGAACGGCUGAUCAAAUACAUCGGCUACAAACCCGAGGAAUACAAGUUAGGGAGAACCAAAAUAUUCAUUCGUUUCCCCAGAACUCUGUUUGCAACCGAAGAUGCCUUUGAAUUUAGUAAACAGCAAUUAGUUGCGAGAAUUCAAGCCACGUACAAAGGCUGCCAAGGAAGGAGGGAAUACGUGAAAAAGAGACGAGCAGCCAUUGUACUGGAAACCUACUGGCGCGGAGCCCUGGCUCGGAGGGAGGCUGAGAGGAGAAAGUGGGCUGUGCAGAUUAUCAGAAAGUUUAUCAAAGGAUUCAUCAAUCGCAAUAAACCCCUUUGUCCUGACAACGAGGAGUUUAUAGUGUUUGUGCGCAAGAAUUACAUCUUGAAUCUUCGGUACCAUGUUCCAAAGAACGUCUUGGACAAGACCUGGCUGAGGCCCCCUGGCAUCUUGGCAAACGCGUCAGAUCUGCUCAGGGAAAUGUGCGUGAGGAACCUGGUGCGGAAGUACUGCCGCGGGAUCACGGCCGAGCGGGAAGCGAUGAUGCAGCAAAAGGUGGUUACGAGUGAACUAUUCAGGGGAAAGAAGGAAGGCUAUGUGGAAAGUUUGCAGCAACCCUUUGCCGACAGUCGGAUAGAUGAAGGAGACAUUAACCCCAAAGUGCUUCAACUAAUUAGCAAUGAGAAAAUCCAGUAUGGCAUCCCGGUCAUCAAAUACGACAGGAAAGGCUUCAAGGCACGGCAGCGGCAACUCAUUCUUACUCAGAAAGCAGCUUAUGUGGUGGAACUUGCCAAAAUCAAGCAGAAAAUAGAGUACUCGGCACUCAAAGGUGUCUCCACUAGCAAUCUGAGCGAUGGAAUCUUAGUCAUUCAUGUUUCUCCAGAGGACAACAAGCACAAGGGGGAUGCCAUUUUACAGUGUGAACACGUCUUUGAAGCAGUUACUAAACUCGUCAUGCUGGUCAAGAAGGAGAAUAUUGUGAAUGUUGUUCAAGGAAGUUUACAGUUUUAUAUUAGCCCUGGAAAAGAAGGCACAAUAGCUUUCGACACUGGACCGGAAGAACAAAUCUAUAAAGAUAAAAAUGGACAGUUAACAGUGGUGUCGGUCCGGAGGAAGUCCUGAUAGAGGAUGACGUCUGACCUCUCCCAUCACCGUUUUUGCUCCAACUGAGGAAAGUACCAAGGAAGCAGGAAUUUGAUCCAGUUAGCUCCGCCUUCAAGGAAAGAUCCCAGCAGCACUGGGGGGAGAAUCGCAUCUGAAGAACUGAGGGGCAUGUUAUGCCAAAGCCUAACCCCAGCUGCCCUGGGGCACCAUGUUAAAAUGCCUGCCUCCGGGAGCACUGGCAGGUCACCUGAAGGGGUGGUUUUCAAUACUCCCAGUAGUACCUACACUUGACGAUGGGCACUUCAACACACCACUAUGGAGUGGGCAAGAUUCUCCACCUUUGUCAGGCUGCCCUGAGACACAGUGAAAUCUUAUGUACAGCAGGUCCUCUAGUAAAAUCAUUAGAACCUUGAUGACAAAAAAAUUCCUGGCCACAGUUGUCUGUGGAGUUUGCACAUUCUCCCCAUGUCUGCGAGGGUUUCUUCUCACAGGCCCUGGAUGUGCGCUGGUACAGCUCUGUGGUUCCAGCGUGAGUGUGCCCUGCAGUGGAGUGGAAUCCUGGCCAGGGUGGCUUCCUACCUUGUGCACUGGGUUGCUGGGAUGGGCUCAGGCCCCCUGAGACCCUGAACUGGAACAAGCAGGCGGGAAAAUGAAUGAAUACAAAUUAUUGUAAAAUACAAAUUUGAAAAGUAUGAUUAUCAUACAAAUGCAUAACACUAAACGUGGUAUAAAAGCAUCUUUGUGACUGGUUUCGAACUGUGUGGCAGCAGGGGAUCUGAGUAAAGGAAAUUUUAUAAAGCCACAAAAUUCAAAUUUUGCUUUA